UUUUUAAGAUAUUGUUAAAUAUAAUGAUGCUGAAUUCAACAAUUUAGUCAAUAUUUUAAAAGACUUUGAAGUACAAAGUAGGAGUGCUUGAAAAGACCUAAAUUUGAUAAGCUUAAAUGGAGGUGGUUAGAAAAUAUCUUGGUGAAAAAUUGGCUUAAAGAAACUGGUUUCGGAAAAUGCAAAAUCAAAAACAAUCAACCAAUCCUGAAAUCCUAUACAAGAAACGAUGUAAAUACAUUGGUUCUAUUGCUAUUACUACCCUUUCUCAAGAGGAUAGAUUACAUUUUGUAAAUAAUAAAAUGCUUGAAAUGAAAGAGGGAAGUAAAGGUAUUGCUGUAAUACUUGUUGUAACCAAUGAAGGUAUCAAAGCAUUUAAUGAGCGAGAAACAGCUGUUAAGUUUGCUCAUAGUAUAUCUUCCACUGCAUUUUCUACCUGUCUUCCUAACAAAAGGCUUUUUGCUUAUGUAGCUCGUAGUAAGCAGAGUGGUGGUAAAUCAAUAAUACAAGCUCAUGUAUUUAGAACAAAAAAAUCACGCCAUUCCCACCAGCUUAGUUCAAGUGUAUCAAAUGCAUUUAGUAUUGCUUUUUCACGUAGUGAGACAAGGCAAAAAUCAAGAGAACAAGUUUUCCAAUCUGAAACUGAAAUACAGUAUUCAAAGUCUGUCUCAGGUAAGAAAUCUGGAGGUAAAGUUUGGGCAAAGUUAGAAAUUGCAAAAGGACAUGAUUUUGCAUCACAUGCUGUACUUGCAAGAGUAAAAGGAAAUUCCCCAUUACAACUUGAAAAAAAUAAAUCAUUUGAUAAGGAUCAAUUAAUUGAUAUUAAAGUAAAAUCACCAACAGUUUCAUUAUCUGAAAAUACCACUGUAUCUAAAGAACUUACAAUUGGAUCUAACGAGCUUUCAAAUGAGGAACUGACACCUGAUAAAACAGAAGAUAAAAGAAAAAUAUCCUCAACUUUUACUCAUGAGAUUGUCGAAUUAAAUAGAAAAGAUCAACCAACUAAAAAUAAUGAGGUUAAAGUGAGAGCCAAUACUAUUGAUGUUGUUAAUGUUUCUGAAAGAUUUUCAGGAAGUUUUUUUCCUGAUUCCAAUAAAACCCAGCAAUAUGAAAACAUUGUAAUUUCAAAUAAAGACAAUGAUAUUAAAUCAGUUAAGCUACGAUCACAUACUGAAUCUCUAAUUAAUAAUCAUAAUACAUUCUCUUGUAAUUCUAUUGAAACACCUGUUGAUAAGUCUGUUAAUGAUAUACUUGCAAAUGCUGAAUGGUUUCAACCAGGAUUUUCUCGUGAAAUUGCAGAAGAAGUUCUUGAGCACCGAUCAGUUGGUUCAUUUAUUAUUCGUGAUAGUAUGAGUCAUCUUGGUUGCUAUGUAAUAACUAUUAAAGUUCCACCAAACAUCAAGACAAAUGGUUUUGCAAAUUUUCUAAUUGAAAGAGUAGAGAGUAAUUUUUUUAGAAUAAAAGGGUUCACUUCAACAUAUCCUACAUUAUUAGAUUUAGUUACAUAUUAUGGUUCUAUAGAACAAGAUAUACCCUGUCGAUUGCGUCUUGCAAAUAAUAAUCCAUUAUUUUCUGAAAAUAUUAAUACUGAUUUGUCAGAUAAGUUAAAUAUUAAUGAUGAUAGCGACGAUGAUGAUGAGUACGAUGAUCCUGAUUAUGAGUAUUUUAAUACCACAGAUGAAAUUAUGAGAGAACUGCAAUCUCAGUAAUAUAUUGUUUUAAUUUUAUUAGUAUUAGGUUUAUAAAUCUCA